GCUUUAAUGAUUUCGUUCAAGGAGAAGUCGCUUCCCGUACCAAGCAGGGAUGGAAUCGUAACAAUUGUGAUAAUUAAGCAAGAAUGGAAUCACUCGGAUGUUAUCGUGUGCUUGUUGGACUUUCGGUGAUUUGUAUCCUGCUCUUCAAACAAACGAAUGGUCUAACAACUGACGAGAUCGAUGCGUUUGGUGCCAGAACCUUCACCGACACCAACACCGGUCUCCAGGGAACUAUUACGAUCACGAAUUAUGAUACCGACAACUAUGUAAUCCAGGCUAACGGCAUCCCUGACCACGAGGCAGGCCCUUACCCGAACGACCAGGACUCCAGCGAGAUCAUCGAUCAGGAUUAUGUGUAUUACAUUCUAAAAACGCCAGUGCAAGCGAGCGAAGUGACCGAGCUCCCUAUGGGGACCAUAGGCUUGGCCCUCAACGGCGUCCCGUUCUUUAACCCAUACACGUUUAUUGGGACCGACGCGGUGGAGAAUGAGCUAUUCGAUUCUUGCGACGGUCACCCAACUCCAGAGAAUGGAGCAUACCACUACCACGACCAUCCCAGUUGUGUGUUCGAUUUAGAGAGCGGAGUGCCCUCCGAGGUCGUGGGUGUCGCAUUGGACGGAUAUCCCAUCUACGGACCCAACGAUGAAAACGGCAAUGAAUUAGUGUCUGCGGACUUGGAUGACUGCCAUGGACGAUGGGUAAAUGGAAACUACCAAUACCACAUCACGCAGGACUUCCCUUACAUACUGGGUUGCUACGCCGGCGUGGUCGACGAUCGAAAUUUGAUGUCAGGAGGAGAUGGUCCACCAGGACAGAAUCCGGAUAACGGUGUGGAUGGUGAUGACGACGAUGACGAUGAUGAUGAUAACGAUGAUGAUGAUAAUGAUGAUGCUGAUGAUGAUGCCGUGAAAUUAACAUGUUGCGUUUAUUUACAACUACUGCUUGUAAUUUUUGUAAUGCUUCAACAUCUCCAGUAACUAUAAACCAUGUGGUCUGUACUCUAUUAAUUCGAUUAAACCUGACCCAUGGGCCAAAUAUUACGAUGAAUAUAGGACAAAUUAAACCCAUUAAUUAACUUCCUGUGUUAAAACCAGAUUUUCAACAAAAGCAGAUUGAGCGCCGGGUUGAAAGUGUAGGGGAUUUGGGAUCUAUGUAUUUAUGAAUGCCACCUACAACAGUUCAUCCUGUGUGAAGGUUCUAUUUGCAUGACGAGUUUGUCUAAAAAUGUUACGUCCGUCUGUACAUCCUUUUAUGCAAAAUGUUUUUUGUUAAUGUGUAGAUCAUCAAAAGCUUCGGUAAACAAGUGCGGAUCCUUUUUUUAACAUUCAAUUCUUUUAACAAUACUAUAGCAUUGAAAUUAUAGUUGAACUGCUUGCAUUUAAUGAGAAUAGUGAUUGUAUUAAUCAAUAUUGAUGAUUGUACCCGGUAAGAAAAAGCUACUUUUUAAUGAAGGAAAAUGCCACUCUUUUAUCAAGGUACUUUAAAUAGAAGCCAAACAAUAUUCAGUUUCAGUUUCAGUUUAUUGUUUUCCAUAUUUCAAAAUGAUACAAAUAUUACAGUCUAAACCCAUUCUUUGUAACUUAUUAUCAUACACAAAGGAAAUUAGAUACAUGUUACAAAUUUAGUUAUUGAUCGAGUUAUUUAACAGCUUUUACAAGAAGACGAAUAGGUGAAUGAAAUUAUUCGUAACGAGACUCUUCCCAAAGACUUGUGCAUUAAACGUUGUUACAAUACAAAAAUGGACCAUUGACAGAGCCCACAAUACGCCACUUGCAAGGGAUUAUCAACAGUGCUUAUCAGC